ACAGUGCGCGAUGAGCAUUGCAGUGAAGUGGUUUUCCGGCUUUCCGUAGAGUUUGGGUUUGGGCGGUUUUGGUGUCGUGCGUGCGAUCCAAACAUCAGUUAGAACUUCAGACUUCACGAGUGCGUUUUAUUCUUCCGCAAGGAGCCGUCACUCAUGUCAGCGGCAAUGCUUCGCAAGGUUCUCUCCAGACCUCUCAGAGGGUGCAAUAGAUGGCAGGCCGUCCGGAGCAUUUUUGUUCAGCUGCCAGAAACUCACGAAAUGCUCCGCAAGACAUGCAGGGAGUUUGCCGAAAAAGAGCUGAAGCCCGUUGCCGGAGUCAUCGACAAAGAGCAUCGGUAUCCUCGCGAGCAGGUCAAGAAAUUGGGAGAAAUGGGUCUUAUGGCCGUAGCUGUGCCAACUGAACUGGGUGGCGCAGGCUUGGAUUACCUAGCCUAUGCUAUUGGAAUGGAAGAAAUCAGCAGGGGCUGUGCCUCCACAGGAGUCGUUAUGAGCGUUAACAAUUCCCUAUACCUAGGUGCCAUCCUCAAGUACGGCUCUGAAGCACAGAAGCAGAAAUUCAUUCCACCAUUCACCACAGGAGACAAAGUUGGCUGCUUCGCUCUCUCUGAACCUGGCAAUGGCAGUGAUGCUGGUGCAGCUUCCACAACCGCAGUUCUGGAAGGGGACCAUUAUAGGCUGAACGGCACCAAGGCUUGGAUAACGAGUGCAUACGAGGGUGAAGCAGCCAUCGUGAUGGCCACAGUAGACAAGUCCAGAAAGCACAAAGGAAUCAAUGCCUUUAUUGUGCCAAUGCCGACACCUGGUCUGAGCUUGGGCAAGAAGGAGGACAAGAUGGGAAUCAAGGGCUCGUCAACGGCCCAACUCAUCUUCGAAGACUGCCUUGUGCCCAAGGAGAACCGAUUGGGUGAAGAUGGAGCCGGCUUCAAAAUUGCCAUGAGUGUGCUAGACUCUGGUCGCAUCGGCAUUGCUGGCCAGGCACUUGGGAUUGGCCAAGCAGCCUUGGAUUGUGCCAUCGAAUACUCUGGCAAGCGGGAGUCCUUCAACCAACCUCUCCACAAAUUCCAGGCUAUUCAGUUGAAGCUGGCAGACAUGGAAGUGAGGUUACAAAGUGCCCGCCUGCUAACGUGGAGGGCGGCAAUGUUGAAAGAUGCUGGCCAUAAGUUUACAAAGGAGGCUGCCAUGGCAAAACUAGCUGCUUCAGAGGCAGCGACCUUUGUGGCACAUCAGGCAUUACAAGUUUUAGGUGGCAUGGGCUACGUGAGCGACAUGCCAGUAGAGCGGCAUUACCGUGAUGCCCGUAUCACCGAGAUCUACGAGGGCACCAGUGAAGUCCAGCGCAUCGUGAUAGCUUCUAACUUGCUCAAGGAGCAUGGCAUCGUGUGAUUGGAAUGGUGUUUUAUAUUGGUCCACACGAAGGUGGGUUGUAACGGUGAUACCACGUAUUUCGCCAGCACUGGAGUUUUCUUUUUUUUAAUGGCAGAAGGAGUGAUUCCUAGGCUCACAUGUUCACUAUCAAGCAGCAGCUGUGCCUGCUACGUGGACGUGUAUGUGUGGCAGCCGUUAGGUCACAGCAAGUCUCGGAGCACUGCUGUUGUCUCGUAACAGUGUUACCCAGUGUACAAAAUAUGCCAUGGAUAGAAGAGUGAGAAAAAAGCUUUCUCAUGACAAAAGGCUCAAAAGAGACCUUGUGAAGGAGGAAAGCUGAGAUCUUUUUGGGUGUAGGCACAAAGUUUUUAUUUUUAAUAAAGCUGUUGUAUAGCAGA